AUGCUAGAGCAAGAUAGGAGCGGAGAGAGCUCCAGACAUGAAGAUGCGAUCGCAUCUUGUUCCAGAGAAAAAGGCUCCAACCAUACCGACGAUGACCGUGCAGUAUCCUACAAAGACCGACUUGAGAACGGACAUGGCCAGAAGAUCCGAUCAGUGUCCAGUCGAGAAAAGAAAUCAAUCGAAGACUUGUCGACCAGACCGUAUGAUCGCCAGCAAUCUGCUGCCAGGGAAGCCAUUAAGCGAGCGAAGUAA